AUGGAAGCUACCACUCAAGCCAUCACUACCACCACUGAGGACAUGGUAGAAACGAUGCCAACGAUGGCACCUAUUCGCACAACAACGGAGGAAACAGAAAUGCAAAUGCCUACGCAAAGGCCAGAGAAAAAUAUGCUGGUGAGGAAUUUUGUUGCUUACAGUGUCCCACCUUCUAUUUUGAAAAAAAAUCGAACUAUGGCCAUGACCAAAAUUGCCAUUUCAAAAAAGAAGAACGUAGAGAAGGAUUAUGAUUUAUCCAGACAAGCCGAGGUCGAUCUAGAACGACUAAUUGCUCAGCUGAAACAACAAGAAGCGGUUGAUCUCAUCGAAGAACAUCCAGCUGCAGCCACCAUUGAUCUACCAAGGGCCGUCAUAAGCGGACGACGGAUUCGUCCAGGAAAUAGCAAUGCAAGGCUUGUACCACUAAGCGGAACUGCCAGGCUUCACGUUGGUCAGUAAAU